AUGGAUGGUGAUGAAAAACCUGAUGAUCAUUGGUCUAAUUUCUUAUCAUUUCAAAAGAAAAAACGUUUUCUAUUCAAUGUUGAAUUAGAAAUAAUUCGUGUUGUCUCAAUGCCAUAUAACGGUGGAAAAUUUUUUUUUAAAAUUCGAUUAUUAAAUGGUGGCAAUCACACUUACACAUGCGAUGAACGAUAUGAGAUUAAUGAAAAUAAAGUUGAAAUAGAUAAAUCCAAUCGUUUUUCAUGUAAAAUGUAUGCAAGAACCGAUACGCUGGCAUUAGAUUCCUGUAUGUGUAGAAUCUCAAUUAGAAAAGAGAGUCGAAUAGGCAAAGGUUAUGAGAAAAUUGGUUAUUAUGAUUUAGAUUUGGCAUCAUACGCUGGCUGUGGUAAAGAAUUAAAAGCGUGUCUAUUGUAUGCGUAUGAAUCACAAAAGAAUAAUCCAGCCAAUGCUUAUCUGGAAAUUAGAAUUAGUUGUACAAUGAAAGAAAAUGAAACUAUCACCGAUCCACUAUUUAGAAGGCCCUAUACAGAUCCACCUUAUAUCAGACAAAUUCAACCGAAAAACGAUACAAAUAUUUUCAACAGUCAGAUUGAUUCAGAAAUAGAUGUUAAUGAUCCUACUGAUGUUUCGAUGAUUCAAACACAACUAUCUCAAACACAAAAAUAUUAUCCGGGUCAUUCACGUCAAACAAGUAAAGGUUCAGUCAAAUCUUUUCAAUCCACUUAUUCAGCAUCAACAAAUCCAUUAACAGUAGCCGUAUCUCCCACAGGAUCAAUGGGUGAAAAAUGUCAUCAAAGCUAUUCGGCUAUAGGUUCACUGAGAAAUGAAUCACGUCAUUUACAUAAUUCUCAUUCGGACCCUAAUAUUCAUGGACAAGCCAGUGAUGAUAGUAUCCACAGUAUGGAUAGUAUACGAAAAGUGAUCAAAUCUAGAAGAGCUCCUUACAUCGAAGAAUUUGGCGAUAUUCAACGUCGUUUACAUGCCACGAGAGUCGAUGCUAAUGAAGUUGUCGAUACUGUUAUGUUGAAAAAUGCUAAAACAAUAGAAGAUACAGAAGGUUUUUUACGUUUGAUUUAUAACAAAGAUGGUUCAACGCGUGUUGGUACUGGUAGCAAAUUACAACAACAAUCGUCAACAAAUUCACUAUUUGUCGCUUAA